CGGACAGCCGUUGAUGCCGGGAGUUUAUAUUUUCCAACAUCUGGAGGGCCACAAUUUGAGACCACUGACUUAAAUAGACUUUUACCUUUUGAUCAACACAACAUGUAUAGAACUUUUGAAAUCUGAGAAGCUGAGCUCACCCUCACAGACUCUCCAAGCGAGAAGUACAAACCUGGACCUCCAGAGCGGACCACAAGUGACAGAGCCUCCGGAGCAGAGGAGGGGUCCGAUCAGUCAUUAGAAGCCCUGGCACCAAUGCAGUCUGGAGGUCCUGGCACUCUGUGAUGAGCGUGCCACCACACGACCAAUGAAGACCGAAAGGUGGUGGCGAUGAGGCUUUAGGAUUCAGAAGACAAAAAGUAGCCGGUACCAAACCGCCAUGGGGUCCCGCAUUAAAGAGAAUCCAGACAGAAUAUUUGAAGGAUUCUUUGAUGUUUUGUGUCCGACAUCUCAGGAUAAAGAUCCUGAGCUAAAGAGACAAUUCCCUGAACAUUUCGAUGAUCAGGACUCUGUAGUGACUCUGACUAAGUUCUGCUUCCCCUUUGACGUGGAGAGAUGGCAGAACAUGUCCGUCCAGCACUUCAGCUUCACUCUGACCGACCUUCAGGGUUACCAGCGCUUCGGGUUUUGUCGCCUGUCUGUAAAUGCCAAAAGCUGCACUUGUAUCCUCAGUUGUCUUCCAUGGUUUGAACUCUUCUAUAAACUUCUCAAUAAUAUUGCGGAGCAUCUAGUGAAGGAUCAGGUCAGCGAGGUGACGGAGCUCCUGCAGACCCUGUACGACCACCCCAUACCGGAGGUGAACGACCCUCUGAACAUGGACAUGUUUUCAUAUUUUGUUGUCCCGGAUCCUACAAAACUUCCGUCAAUCCCAGAAAACAGAAACCUCACAGAGUUCCUGGUGGCUGUGCAGGUGGACACCAUGUUGCAGUUGUACGCCAGCUUGUUAUGCGAGAGACGGAUCCUCAUAACUUCUAGCAAACUCAGUACGCUCACAGCCUGUGUCCACGCCUCUGCGGGUGUCCUGUAUCCCAUGUACUGGCAGCACAUCUAUAUACCUACACUACCACCUCAUCUCCUGGAUUACUGCGGCGCCCCCAUGCCCUUCCUGAUUGGGGUUCACAGCAGUUUAAUGGAGAAAGUAAAUACCGGAGUCCUGGAAGACGCUGUUGUAUUUGACAUGGACACAAACAACUUGGAGACACCUUUUCAGGACCUGGACAAUCUCCCUCAACAUGUGGUCUCGCUGCUGAAACUGCGACUGACAAAACAGUCUGCCUUAAUGGGUGACGGGGUGUCACGUGCAUUCCUUGGCGCCCAAGCCUUGCUGUUUGGCAGCUACAGGGAAGCCCUCAUCUGUACACCGGGGGAGCCCAUUUCCUUCUGUCAGGACACAUUUGUAAACCACAAGUGCAGCUCCAUGAGGACCUUCCUGCAGAACGCCGUGCACCUGCAGCUCUUCACCCAGUUUAUUGACGGUCGGUUGGAGAAGUUGAAUUCCGGAGAAGAUUUUACUGACGUGUUUGAGCAGGAGGUCACCAUCUGCGGCCUAUCAGGGGCUUCCAAGUCUUAUCAGAUGUGGCUGGAAAAUCUCAAGAAAGGAGGAGGCACAUUGAUCAAUAACAUGAAGAAUCGCACCCACCCCACAGUAAGAAACAUGCUGAGAUAUGCCAAGGGACAAGCCAAAACCGGUCUACAGGGAAUGAAGCGGCGCAUCAAACACAAGGACCAUCAGAUGCAGCGUGGAGGUUCAUUCAAAGUGGGCAAAUGUCCUACCGUGAACCACGAGAAACUGCAGAAUCGGCUGCCCAUUACACAGCACUUUGGACAGUCUCGCCCCAGGAGACCAGGAAAGAAGUUCACAGAGGGAGAUGAUAGCUGGGAAUGCCAAACUCCUGGUGUAGAAGUAAAUGUGGUAGAUCCUGGAUCUGGUGAGGACGAGUUUCCUCUUCUAGAUGAGGGGAUGGACCUGCUAAAUGAAAUUUUUGAAACCCUAAAUACGAGAGCUCCAGAUGAGGGACGGGCCUUAUACGGUGCGCACAGCCUGGACUGCUUCAACCUGGACGAUAGUCGAUACUUCACAAGGUUCCAGUCUCUAUGUGCCCCUAGUGAUGAGGACCUCCAACUGAGUUUGAGUCAACCUAGAACUUCCAAUCUCUGGUACCUACAAGAAGUGGAUGAGGGAUCAGUAGACAGCAAAGAACCUGAACCUGAGUUGCCUUCUCCAACAUUUGGGAACAUGGGGAAUGCAUCGGAGACCAUGGAAGUCACAUCAACGACAGAGACAAUAAAGGACAAUGCAAAGCUCUUCGUAUCGACACCUGUCCAGAAUCCAGAGGAGUCUUUCACAAUUUCAGAGCCAACCAAGGUUACACCAUCAGUUCCUCAGGCUAGUUUGCCAAUAGUCCAACCAGAGGAAGAAGUAAUUUCUUCAGGUCGAGAGCUUGAAGUUAUGAAGGAAGAGUCCAAAGAGCAGAAAGAUGUCUUACCCGUAGAGCCAUGUGUGACAACAACGGAUACAAAGGCCACAAACCCCCCGAGCAGAACUCCCAUUAUCGUAUCGGGACCCAGUGUCCGCUCAGCCAUCUCUCGUUUUCAGGCUAGUCCUAUUGACCCCAGGUUGGUAUGGACCGGGACUAAGAAUGAAUCCAUAGAGGUGCAAAGAGUAGUCGGUCAUGCUUGGUCAUUCAACACAACCAGGCCCGUCUACAAUAGCCCAAAACCAGUCUCCACUUAUACUAGCCGCCCUGUUUUCAAUAGGAGUCAGAGCACGCCAAAAGUGGAUUUACCCAAGAGCCCCACAUCGGGCGUCCCUAAACCCGCCUUUCAAUUACAUAGCGAGGAAGGGGAUGACCCACCCAGGAAAGUUCUGCCUCCACAACCUAUCACCUUGAGUUCAUCUUCACUUCCAAAAGUUUCAGAGUUAAAGAAAAAGUUUGAAACCUAAAAGGUGUACUCCACUGGAAAACAUUUUUUUUUUUAAAUCAGCUUGUGUCAGAAAGUUACUUUUAUUUAAAAAUCUUAAUCCUUCCAGUACUUAUCAGCUGCUGUAUGCUACAGAGGAAGUUCUUUUCUUUUUGAAAAUAUCCAUGUCCAUGUCAGGAACUGUCCAGAGCAGGAUAGGUUUGCUAUGGGGAUUUGCUCCUACUCUGGACAGUUCCUGACGCGGACAGAGGUGUCAGCAGAGAGCACUGUGGUCAGACAAAGGAAAUUCUAAAAGAAAAGGACUUCCUCUGUAGUAUACAGCAGCUGAUAAGUACUGGAAGGAUUAAGAUUUUUUUAACAGAAGUAAUUUACAAAUCUGUUUACCUUUUUGGCACCAGUUAAUUAAAAAAAAUAGUUUUUCACUGGAGUACCCCUUUAAUACUACAGUAUCUCUCCAGCUGUGGCAAAAACUACAACUCCCAGCAUGUGCAGAUAGCCGCAGGCUGCUCUGUGGUGGGUUCUGAGUAAGGCAACUACCCAAUGACAUGCAUGUAUUCUGAUAAGGCAUGGGGGCUGUCUUAUUGAGACAUCUGCUUUAAGGGGGAUGUACAGAAUUAGAGAAACAUGGCUGCCAUACGUGUCCACAGACUUAUGUGGCGUUGCCCCUGCGAUGCCAGACAUAGCCUAUAGAUAAGUGUGGCGCUGUUUCUCAUCAACCCUCUGACGUGUCUGCUUGUACGGUACAAAGACUUAUGAAGCAGAGGUCAUAUAUUCAUGUUGGAAAUAAUAUUUUAUUAAACCUUUUUUAUUAUAUUG